AUGCCCGCAGUUGUAAUUGAUCUCGGAAGCUACAGAUGCCGCGCAGGAUUUGCAGGCCAAGAAGUUCCAAAAGUUGACAAGCUUACACUUGAGCUUGGUGGACAGCCAUUCCAAGGCAGAGUUCCAAAUUUCUUCGAUCAAUACAAAGUUGUUGUCAAGAAACUUUACGAAUUACUUGGAGUUUCUCCUUCUGCACAACCAGCAUAUGUCACAAUGUCAUUAAGAACAUCUGACCAAGCUCAGAAGCAAAUCGAAGAAUUUUUCAGAAAUGAGCUUAAAGUUCCAGCAUUAUACCUCGAAAAAUCAUUUGUCAUUAACGCAACAUGCACAGGAAAUGCAGUCCUUGUGGAUCUUGGCUAUCAAAAGUCAGAGAUUACAUGCAUUGCAGAAGGAACAUUUGUCGAUGGAUCCGGAGUUGUCCACGUUUGCAAUGGCAAUGAACUCGCUAACUACAUCAAGAAGGCCUUCAAGGUUGAUGACCCAGCUUUGAUCGAAGAAAUCAAGUCUGAAAAAAUUUCAGUUGUUCCAAACUUCGAUGAAGCUUGCGAGAAGGGAUUACCUGAUGUUGAAUUCAAGGGCCACAAGCUUACUGGCCAAGAGCUCUUAAACGCUGGAGAAUCCUAUUUCAUCCCAUUCUUCAUCAACGAAAACCUCGAGAGUGAUGGCCUCCACAACGAUAUCUUCAACUCGGUCAAGAAAUCCCCAGUCGAUUACAGAGCCAAGUUAUGCGAAAAUAUCGUCGUUUACGGAGGUGGAGCCAACAUGAAGGGUCUCCAGGCCCGCCUCGAGAAGGAGGUCAAGGGCGUCGUUCCUCCAGCGACAAAGGAUAAAGUCAAGGUUAAAGUCGUCGACAAACCAGCUUACUACUCUUGGCUCUGCCUCUCCGUCUACGCUGAUGCAAGACCACAGGCUGCCAAAUAA